CUGGCCCGCCGCCGCCGCCGCUCGGCCGAUGCGCCCAGAGCCAUGGACAAGAUCCUGGAGGGGCUGGUGAGCUCUUCGCACCCGCUGCCACUGAAGCGGGUGAUCGUGCGGCGCGUGGUGGAGUCGGCGGAGACGCCGCUGAGCCAGGCGCAGUGCCGCGCCAUGUUUGCGCUCGGCACCCGGCUGGUGCUGCAGGGUCCCGACCCCUUCCAGCGGCAGGUGGGGCGGCAGGUGCUGGACGCCUACGGCCGCUUCCACCGCGCCGAGUUCGAGGCUUUCUUCAACCGCGGGCUUGUCCUCGGCCUCCUGCAACGCGGUUACGGCGAGCUGAGCAACCGCGACCCCGCCAUCCUCGACUACAUCCAGGCGGGGCUGCGCCUCAUCAUGAGCUGCCCCUCGGUGCUGGAGCUCUUCGAGCUGCUGCAGGUGGAGGCGCUGCGCCUGGUGUGCGAGCGGCCGGCGCCGCCGCUCUGCGCCCGCCUCUGCCAGCUGCUGGGCGACUUUCCGCAGUGCCUGCCCCGCGGCAGGAAGCUCUCGCUCGCCUUCUGCCAGCAGCUGGUGCGCAGCAUCGCCCACUUCCAGAGCCAGGGCACCCGGGAGGCCGAGCUGCGCCUCUACGUCUCACAGGUGACCCAAGUCAGCGCGCUGCUCAGGAGCGUCUGGAAGGCCGAGCCUGACACGCUGCUGCCCUCCCUUCAGGAGCUCUUCGCUGUCAUCUCCGCCGCGGAUACUUCAUUCGAGCCUUCUGUUGCACUGGCAAGUCUUGUGCAGCACAUACCAUUGCAGAUGAUUACAGUACUCAUCAGGAGCCUUACUACAGAUCCUAAUGUGAAAGAUACAAGUAUGACUCAAGCUCUGUGCAGAAUGAUUGACUGGCUGUCCUGGCCUUUGGCUCAGCACGUGGAAACGUGGGUGAUUGCACUGCUGAAAGGAUUGGCUGCAGUCCAGAAAUUUACCAUCCUCAUUGAUGUCACCCUGCUUAAGAUCGAGUUGGUGUUUAAUCGACUUUGGUUUCCUCUAGUGAGGCCUGGUGCCCUUGCUGUCCUUUCCCACAUGUUACUUAGUUUCCAGCAUUCUCCAGAAGCUUUUCAUUUGAUUGUCCCACAUGUGGUCAGUUUGGUUCACUCCUUCAAGAGAGAUGGCUUGCCUUCCAGUACAGCUUUUUUGAUGCAGUUGACUGAGUUGAUACACUGUAUGAUGUAUCAUUAUUCAGGUUUUCCAGAGCUCUAUGAACCCAUUCUGGAAGCUAUUAAGGACAUGCCCAAACCCACUGAAGAGAAGAUUAAGUUGAUCCUCAGUCAGAGUGCCUGGACUUCUCAAUCCAGUUCUUUGCCAUCUUGUUUAUCUAGACUUUCUGGAAAAUCUGAAACUGGGAAGACAGGCCUAAUAAAUCUAGGAAAUACUUGCUACAUGAACAGUGUUAUUCAAGCACUUUUUAUGGCUACAGAUUUCAGAAGACAUGUUUUAUCUCUGAAUCUAAAUGGCUGUAAUUCCCUAAUGAGAAAAUUACAGCAUCUUUUUGCAUUUUUGGCCCAUACCCAGAGGGAGGCAUAUGCUCCUAGAAUUUUCUUUGAAGCUUCCAGACCGCCAUGGUUCACUCCUCGAUCCCAGCAGGAUUGUUCGGAAUAUCUCAGAUUCCUGCUAGACAGGUUGCAUGAAGAAGAGAGAACUUUGAAAGCAUUGUCUUCAGCCAGGAGUUCUGAAAGUAUUAUGACUGACAAGUCCCAGGCACAAGAAACUGCCCAUAAAACAUUUACUGAAGCACCUUGUAUGGAAAGUGAAGAGAGAACUCUGAUAGAGAAGAUGUUUGGAGGAAAAUUGAAGACUAACAUAUGCUGUUUGAACUGCAAAAGUAUGUCUCAAAAGGAAGAAGCUUUCACAGAUCUCUCUUUGGCUUUCUGUCCCCCAGCUUCCUUAGAAAAUGCUGACUCAAAAUGCAUAGAACAUUCUGAAGUGAAAGAUGACUACAUGGUGCAAAGUAAUACUUCAGCUACCAGUUCUGAUGCAGAAACACCUCUCAGUAAUUUGGAAGUAAAUCGUGGAUGUGACACAAUAAUGAAUGAAGGAACCAUAGAUUUUUCUAGUGAGCCAAGCUCUGAGAAUACCGCAAUUUCUGAACUCAAAGUUGAAAAUAAUGGGGAUAUGUCUCAGAGUCUAGUAGGUAAAAAUACCCUGUCAGUUACAGACUUACUCAAUUAUUUUCUGGCACCUGAAAUUCUUAGUGGAGACAACAAAUAUUAUUGUGAGAAGUGUGCCUCUUUACAGAAUGCUGAAAAAACUAUGCAAAUCAUUGAGGAACCUGAAUACCUCAUUCUCACUCUUUUGAGAUUUUCAUAUGAUCCAAAAUGUCACAUAAGGCGCAAAAUCUUGGACAAUGUUUCUCUACCACUUGUAUUGGAACUGCCAGUGAAAAGAGCAACAUCCCCUUUAGCUGUUGUUUCAGGAGGCUGGUCUGUUGGUGUGGAGAUUUCUGAUACUGGAGAAAACCUUGCUAAAAAACUGAAGCCCUCUGGUGCUGAUGAAGUGACCUGCCCACAAUUGGUGCCCUAUGUGUUGAGCUCUGUGGUGGUGCAUUCUGGUGUAUCCUCUGAAAGUGGACAUUAUUAUUCGUAUGCUAGAAAUGUUACUGGAUCAGGACCUUCAGGGCUCUGCCACCAGUCUACAGCUCUUUCUUUAGUUUCUCCUCAGGAUAAGUUGUUUACAGAGGAGAGACCUUGUACUGUUGUAGAGAAUGAGCUGGACACUGAGAUGCCAAGAGAAUGGUUUCUGUUCAAUGACAGCAGAGUGACAUUUACCUCAUUUCAGUCAGUCCAGAAAAUCACCAGUAGAUUUCCAAAGGACACUGCUUAUGUUCUGUUUUACAAAAAGCAGAACAGCACCUGUGGCUUAAACACCAAUCCAGCAAAUGACCUGUGGGUAAAUGGAGACCCUCCUCUACAAAAAGACCUCAUGGAUGCUAUUACAAAAGAUAACAAACUGUACUUGCAGGAGCAAGAGCUUAGUGCUCGAACACAAGCACUUCAAGCUGCCUCGGCCUCUUGCUCUUUCCGACCCAAUGGAUUUGAUGACAAUGAUCCCCCGGGAAGUUGUGGGCCCACAGGUGGAGGAGGAGGGGGUGGGUUCAGUACAGUUGGUAGAUUAGUCUUUUGACUGUGAAGACAUCCUGGAAUACACUGGUUCCAAAGCAGCCUAGUACUGCUGAGGGCAAAUAAAAUACCGAACUCUGUCAAAGUUGUAUCAAGCUUUGAGACUUGAUCCUUGUCCAAAAGCAAAUAUUAGUGGUUUUUUGGUUAUGUUUUAUUUGAAAUAAAUAAGCGCAUAAUGGAAAAAAACCUACCUCUUAAAAGUUCAGUUGCUUUCAUAUUAAGAUAUGCUUGCCCAAAAACCAGAAAAUUAAGAUUUUUUUAAGUAAAUGCUAAUGAUGUUGCAUUAAACUAAACAAAGAUGUACUUAUGUCAGUUUCUCUUGUCCUCAUCCACUGAAUGAAGAAAGUUCAUUUUUUACUCUGAUAGUAUUGCUUUAUGUGGAAAGCCAUUUUCAGAUGGGCUAAACUGCAUCUGUAGUCUCUCACCCACUGCUUAUUUUCAAAUACAAUAGCUGUGUGGGUUUUCAGAGAUGAUGCAAUUUGUAAUGAAGGCAAUAACUUAAAUGUGACAUGAUACAGUACUUUCCAGGUUAAAAAUUAUUCAGUCCAUUUCCAGUGUAAAUGAGAAGAAAAAAAUUAUACAUAUUUGCUAACUUGUUAUCCAAAAAAGUGCAUGUUGUGUAGAAGCAAUGUUUUUAAAUAUAAAUUGUUAACUCAGUAGCAUUUCUAAUUGUUUUGAGGAUUUUAAAAUUAUUUCAGGGAGUAUAUCUGCUGAGUAUUGGAAAGGAAGAGACUCUGUAUGUGCCUUGCAGUACUGUGACUUAAACUCUCUGAGGCUGCAGAAGAUGAGAAAAUGUCUUAGUAGUCUUUUUUUUUUGUCAGCAUUAGAAAUCAAGACAUUUAUAGAAAGCUUUUAGGUUUCCAUAAGUUAAAAUCUGUUAGUUUGAAAUGCAGUAAGUAUUGCCCUCUAUUUUUUGAAUUAAAAAUACACAUACCUAGUGAUCUAUAACUUUCAUGGCCUGUACUGCUGAGAAAAAAAUGGUCAUAAAGAUGGAGCUAUGUUCAUGAAAUCACAGAAAAUCUGCCUCUAUUGGUCUUUGCUGAGGAUCUUUGCUUUAUAAGAGUCUUUUGAAGCUUUGCCUUUGACUUUUGCUGGUAGUGAGAACUUUCUGGUGAGUUCAGGACUUUUCUUUUUUUUUUAGUCUGCAGAAGCCCACCAUUAUUCUGCCUAAGGAGCGCUGUUUGAUUGCUCAUUAGGCAAGCAGAGGCUGAGGAUCCACUCCUUUGUAUCUUGACAGAAAUAGCAACUUUGGUUUUGAUGUGCAAUGAGGAUAACAGAAGUAAAGGACUUAGGCUGCUGAACCCAGUGAUUAAUUCUUGAGUAAUCUUAGAGUGAAGUGUAAAUUUAUCUAGAGUACUUUUACAAAAUUUUACACUGUUUUUGCUGUGUUUUUAUAUUCUAUUAGGUGACAAAGUGUGUCCUUAAAAACCAUGCAGACCUGGCAGGUUUUAGCAUAACUGUAUAGAAAUAAGCAAAUUUUUUAAAAAUGCUUUUAUAAAAGCAUAACAUAUGUUGAGAGAAUUAAGUCUUGUUCAUAGGAUAUUAAAUGUAUGAAGUUUAGUCUGAAAGAUAAUUUAGCUUGCAAGUUAUUUUUAUAUUAUCACUAAAACGAUGCGAUUUACUAUAGGUUCAGAUGUUAUACUCAAGAAAGCUAGAGCAGCUGAUUUUGAUAUUUUAUUUUUAUUUUAAUACUUUCCAAGCUUUUUUGUAACAGUUUGUGAUACCUUGGCUUUGGCCUACUCUUUUCAUUGCUAUCUCAGUGGUAGGUCUCUGAACCAGGGGUUCAGCCACAGAAACAUGGAAUGCUUUGAGACCAGCAUGAGGAACAUUCUCAUUUCAUUGCACUUGGAUGAGGUUAUUUUUGAAAGUUCACUUUGCUUUGAAAUUCUGUAACUUUGUCUAAGAGGGUUUUUUGUUUCCUUUUAGGCUUCUCUGCCAGUUUGCUUUGGUUUGAAAAUGUUUUAUGAGACAGGUUAAUUUGGCUUUUCUCUCCCAGACUGAGGACACACUAAAAAGCUGUCUACUCAUUCCAUUACCUUGGGAAUAAUUUGUCUCUCUAUCUAUUUACUGCUCAUUUUAAACUACUAGUAAGUAGAAGCAGGGGCAAGUAGUUUUACUCUAUAUGAAAUCAUAAUAUUGUAAAGGUCAGUUUUGUUUUUAUGUUCUCACUGUAAAAGUACAAAUUAUGCAGCCUACCUAAAAAUAAUAUGCAGUAUGUCUUUAGUAUACCUGUUGAACUAUAUUUAUUUCAUGAGUUCUUAGAAGGCUUUCUACACCCUUUUUGCCUAGUCUGAAUUAGGGGUUAAAUAUAGAAAAUUUAAAUGAGAAUAAUGCAAAUCAGGUUGGAUCUGCUUAGGUGCAAAAUGAUGGAUGUCUGAAAUUGAAAAUAACUUCUUUCUUUUACCUUGUUGACUUCUGUCAAGGCAUUUGCUAGGGGUUUUAAAAGUAGAUUUUAAAAUUCAGGAUACCUUUUUGUAAGUCUGCUUGCUGACAUGACAGCUGUCCUAGGCUGGUGAGUCAUAGAUACCCAGCUUGGAAGGUUUCAGUAAACCUAGCGGAAGUGAAGAAUUAUUUCAUGCUUUGAAAUGUGCACCUUUAUUAUUGUUUACAGUUAUGGUGUUGCAUGCCGCUGUCUUCUGGGCAUGAGAGAAAAAUGUAGAUAUGGUAGUUUGAUUUCUGUUGCUUGUGAAUGAAUGCUGGAUGGUUUAUUUAUUUACUUUUGGCUCCAUUCUUAAUAAGUUUAUUAAGUUGAAUCAAUAGAAAGAUACAAAAUGCAUAAGACCGUUUCAGAAGCUUUAGGGUUUUUGUUGUUUACUUUCAUGAAAGAAACACAGUUGUACCACUCAAAGGUGGUAUGUCUUGAAAUCAUAUUUGCUUCUGCCAAGACAGACUGUGGUUUGGUCUUCGUUUUAAUGGUCACUGGAGUUGUAUUAACUUUCUUUUGUGCUGUUAAUUUUUCACAGUUUUUUAAUGUGGAGCAUCACAGUGGAUUACUGUGAACAGUCUCCCCUGUAACAAGUGAUUACAAUGUGUAUGAGCCCAUUUAUCCAGGAUGAGGAGAGAAGAAGCUUCUUUGAAUAACUGAACAAAUCAUACUUUCUGGCUA